GAUGCCAAUGCCUCACCACUCGGACAGUGUGUGGGCCGCCCGGGGAACGGGGAACUACCGAUUUCCACCUACUGUUUAUUAAGCGGCCUCCGCGGGGCGGGCCCCCCACUCCGAAUCACGGCUGCAUUGUCGCGCAGUCCCAGCCGUCCAGUCUUCAGGUUAGGUCGGCAGCAGGCAGUGACAGGUGCACAAGUCAUCUUAUUGUCUUGAUGAGCUGAAGAGCUGAAGGAGAGUUUUCCGUCGACAGCCGGCACGACUGGCACAAAUCGGCACCAUGAGUCAGAUACCUGUCAGUGCCAAGCAGAUACUCAAAGAAAAUGGUACUGGAGGCUUCACGCUCUGUUCGGAGACCCUGGAGAGCAUCCUUGGGACAGAACACGCCGACAAACCCGUGAUAGUGAUAUCAGUAACGGGUACAACCGACCCCGGCAAGACAAUGAUUUUUGACAUGAUGCUACGGCAUCUCGAUCCAUCCACAAGGAGCACAGACGAUCGUGGCGGCUCUACGAGAGGAAUGGACGGCUGUCCAUCACGCAACAGCGGCAUCGAGUUGUGGCCGCACCUGUUUCCCGUGACGUUACCCACCGGGGAGGAGGCCGUCAUCGCGCUCAUGGACACCCAGGGCGCCGCUGAUGACGCGCCGCGGUCGCAGGCGGUGCAGUUCCUCGCCACUCUUCUCAGCUCGCUGCAGAUCUUCAACGUCGUGGACGACUUGAGUGACGAUGUUUUGGAGCAGCUGAGGCAGUCCAUAGAGUUUGGUCAGGCGCUGUCGAAGAGUACCGUCACCCCGGCCUUCCAGAAGCUCAUGUUUCUUGUGCACCAUUGGAAGGCGACAGACGAAUUUCCACUCGGUGCUGCUGGGGGUGACCACCUUGUGACGAAAUGGCUCCAGAACAAAAGGACAGAUGAGCAGAUCGAGAUGGUGCGCCAGCAUAUCCGUGACUGCUUCAGUGACAUUCAAGGAUUCCUCCUGCCGCUUGACCCACUUCGUAACGGAGUCUCUCGUUCUCCUUCCAAUUUGUUUGAAGAACUUUCGGGUAUUCAUUACAUGGAAUUAGUCUCUCGACUUUGCAACGAAGUCAUGGCAUUACACCCCAAAUACCGGGAGCUGAUCCAAGAGGCUCUGGCGCCAGAGAAUCUAGCCAUCAAGGUUGUCGCGGGUGAGCGCCUCACCGCUGGGGACCUGUGCAGGCUCAUCACCAAAUAUGUGGAACUGUUCUCCAGCGAGGAGCCGCCGAAGCCGGAGGACGUGGUGUACGCGACGAUCGCUUGUCUGCAUCCCGCAGUACAGGCCGCCAAAGAACAAUAUGUAGAGGCGAUGGCCAGUGUGUUUCGUGAGGGUCAGCCCGCGUUGAAUGACGACGAGCUGAUGAGACAACACAAGGAAGCCACAGCGAAGGCAGAGGCAACCUUCCACGCACAGAAAAAGACGGGAAACGACUCUCUGGUACAGAACGGCCUGAAGAUACUGCUGAAAGACAUUGAGAAGUGCUUUGAUGAUAUUGAUCAUGAGAACACUGGCAAACGCAAGAAGGAGGAACAGGCAGCUGAAAAGAAGAACAAUGAAGGGAGCCAGCAGUACAUCAUAGAGCUGGUAAAGACCUGUACGGAGAUGUACAUCAACGCGAUGAAAGCUGUUGCCGACGUCGACGGCUUCGUCACUCGAGACAAUUUAAGAAGGGCUCACGCCACCGCCAAGGAGAAUGCGAUGAAUAAGUUCGACGUCAGGAGCAAAAAACAUACAGUCGAGUGGGACAGUCGCUUUAAGUUGACAUGUGUCAUCGGUGCACGCUUUCGCCUGAUUCAGCACCACAACGAGGUCAUGAAAGACGCUAAGAAUCGACAAGCCGUACGUGGCAACAUGAAGGCCGUGGAAGUGGCUCUCAAAACCUACCGAACUGUGAUGAGCUCGACGAUCUCUGGGGAAGGCAUGAACGACGACGGCCUUAUGGGCCAGCAUAACCGGUCACUCGGGGUAGCCGUCGAAAUUGUCAAAUCGCUUCAUGAAGGGGAUGAAGAUACGGCUGAAAAAUACGUGCAGGAACUCAAGACGCUCAUCGGUGAGGAGUUUAAAAUGAUCAGAUACAGUCACAAAUCAUAGAAACCCAAAGCAAGGAGGAGCCAACCGCUAUGUGUGAUAGAGUGAGUGUUUCACAAUUUGCCACCACGAGCUGGUCGUGAACUAAUUGUAUGGUCGUGCGGUGGCAGGCAGUUUGAAGGCCGAUUGGUGCGGCUGUGACAGUAUUUGUACCGGCAGCAGCGCGGCGUCCGAGGAACGUGUCAGCGACGUCGGGCGUAGGCACAAAUCAGGGCAGGAGAGAUCGCAGGAGACGGACGAUGGUGACGCCAUGGGGGACGCACGGGGGCGAUAGCGGGCAAAAGUGAUCGUGGUGUGGUAUGGCAUGGCUGCGAUGAUAGUGGGAGUCAACCGGCGCGUGUGGCGCCGUCUUCAGCUUGAGCUGCUGCUAUUACCUAUAUUUCACUCUUCAAAUCCAAGAACAAGGAUGGAUGACAGGCUUUAAUUUUAUGGUUUGCUAUAGGAUGCAGUUGCAAUGUGCGUUGUGUAUUUUACAUAUAAUUAUU